AUGUCAUCUGCAGAGAUUGCAAAUUGCCAUUCCGACCUGGUCGUCAAGGAAGCCGCCGAACAGCUGUGCUGCACGGCAUUCAGAGAAGAAAGGAUUGAUCUACCCGACAUCGCCAGGUUCUCUGAUUUCAACCGAUUGUUGAGGUCGACCGCAUACUACCUGAAAAUGAGGAAGCUGUUAGUAUUGCCGAAACACAAGAAGCCUGAACGAUUAACAAUCACUGUAAGAGACAUGGAAGAAGCUAGGAAGACGUGGUAUAAGAAGGUGCAGUCAGAGGCCUUCCAAUCCGAACUGCGCAGCCUGAAGACGUCAGGUUACGUGAAGAUUAGCAGUCGGCUAAAAACUUUUUCGCCGUUUCUCCAAGAGGGAAUCAUCCGGAUGCGCGGUCGCGUCCAAAACGAUAGCAAGCCGUUCGAAGUGAACAAUCCAGUGAUUCUGCCAGAUGGACACCCGUUCUGUACACUGCUGAUCCGGAUGUACCACAUAGCCAAUGCACAUCAAGGUCUGGAAACCGUAAUCAACAACGUAAAGGAACGUCACCGUAUUUUGAAGAGCCGCUCGCAGGUGAAGAAGUACACGAUGUCAUGUGUGAAGUGCCGAGAACUGCGAGCCAAGCCAACCAUUCCACAGAUGGGAAAUCUGCCGCCGGAGCAAACUACCCCGUUCGUACAUUCUUUCACCUGUACUGGCAUCGACUACUUUGGCCCGCCAUUUGUGAAAGUCGGCCGGCGUUUUGAGAAAAGGUGGGUUGUUUUGUUCACCUGCAUGACGUCAAGAGCGAUACAUCUGGAGGUAGUGCCAUCGCUCGAUACAAACAUCUGCAUAAUGGCAAUACACUGUUUCAUGGCUAUACGUGGACUGCCGCAGUGCAUCAUGACCGACAAUGGGACGAACUUUACCGGUGCCGAUCAAGAACUGAAAUCACUCGUGAAGUCACUGGACCAGCCGCAGAUCGAGGAGACGCUGAGCGUAAGAGGUGUGCAGUGGAAGUUUAUACCACCUGGUGCUCCACACUUUGGAGGGUGCUGGGAGCGAUUGGUCCGUUCCGUUAAAGCGGCACUUGGUGCUACGGACAGCGUUGUGUGA